AUGCAGAAGAGCGGUAACGACAGCCUGAGUGAAUGGUGCCUAAUCGAGAGCAACCCGUGCAUUUUCAAUGACAUGCUGAAUCGGAUGGGGGCGAAGAACCUCUCCGUGGAGGACGUAUACGGCAUGGAUUUUUUCGAUGACUACAUCUGUAACAGGGAUGUGGUCAGCGUAGAGAAUGUCCUCAGUAUCGACGAGUAUCGGAGUGAGAAGGAGAAGGGGGUGAAAGAGGGGGGGGCCACCCCCAUGGGGGAGGGUGCUAUUGAGAGGAACCCCGUUGGGAGUACCGCUGGGGAGACGCCCCCGGAUAGGGCAGGUCUACAGAAGGGGCUGUAUAGCAGCUCCGUCACAACAGAAGUCAAAUACAACAAGCUAAUAAAAAACGAAAGCAACAUCUAUGGAAUCAUUUUCUUAUUUAACAUUGGAAAGAGUUAUAAUAGGAAUAAGUUCAUACAUCACAGUGUACCGGAAGAUCUCUUUUUUGCAAAACAGGUGAUCCCGAACGCAUGUGCCACGCAGGCCAUUCUAUCCAUUGUCCUAAACAAAGAGGUGGAACUGAACGAAGAAAUAAAAAACAUCAAAUCGUUUAGUAGUAACUUUGAUAGUUCUAUGAAAGGCCUCACUCUCUCCAACUGUAACUUCCUUCGAAAUAUACACAAUUCGUAUAAGCCUCCCAUAUAUAUAGAAAAGGAGGACCUUCGUGACGAGAAAGGGAGAAACAACGACUCGUUUCACUUCGUUUCGUAUAUACAAUUUGGCGGGAGUGUGUACAUGCUGGAUGGGCUACAGGAGGGGCCUGUGCUAAUCGGAGAUACGAAUGGUUCAGCACAAGAGCGCAGUUGGAUUGAUCUCGCCAGGGAACACAUACAGAAGGAAAUCCACGAGAUAUGCAAUGGCAGUGGUGGUGAAAGCGGCAAUGGUAGCGGUGGUGGAAGCGGCAAUGGUAGCGCUAUCGGUAAUGGCAGCAGCCGAGGAGACGGCCGAUUCAACAUCCUAGCUGUCAUAAAAGACAAGGAACACAUUAUCAACGAAUUCUGUAACAUACAUAGGAUCGUAAAAAAGAGAGUCAACACUAAGUUAAGUAGCCUGGGAAAGCAGGACGUCGACUUCAGCGACGAUAUAAAUGAAGACAAUUUUAAUUACCCGACCAUUCCAACUAUAGAGCAGCUCCCACAUGACAUCUCAGAGCUCCUUCUCAUUGCUCAGAAGUCAGCAGCAGAAAUUAACUUCCUUCAGUCACUUCUCCAGGAACAAAUACAGUUGAAGCUGACGUGGAAUAAAGAGCUCACGUUCAAAUUUUUUAACUUCUAUCCAUUUGUGAUGUCCUCGUUGAAGCUCAUGGCCAAGCAUAAGCUCUUAAAGGAGGCGUACCAGAAGGAGAAGGAAAGGCACAGGCGGGCCGCCUGCUGCAUAGGCCAAAUUGAUCCGCUUCGCAUUGGCGCCAACAGGUGCACAUCCCGAAAAGAACUUCACGCCGUUCAAAAUGAAGAACCGCGACACCGGAAAAAAGUUGAAGAAAAAAAAAAAAAAAAGGAGAAAAUUCAAAAGAAGAAAAAAAACGGAAUAGAACAAAACAAAUUGGCAUACCUCAGUUUCUUAUGCGAAGAGGAUGACAUAAAUUUCUUCUGCACUUUUGAGGACAACUGGGAAAAGAACAACUCCCGCAGAGCUUCCAACGAGGGAGCCCUUGCUUGUUACAACAAUUUCAGUGGUCCCUCUUCUAAGUCUGACGCCUUGGAACAGUCCUACCUCUACACGCUGCUCCAAAAUGAGGACUUCACUUCUGAUAGGCGGUCCUGCUCAUCCAUGGGAUUCAUUUUCGACAAGUUGUUUUUGCACUUCGCCGAUUUUGACGAGCAACUGCGUAGGGAUAUCCAUUUGGGGAGGUCCUUCCGAAAGGGGAAGAGAAAGAGAAGCAGCCGUAGUAGUAAUGCGGCGAAGGAGAAGCCACCAAGAGGGGGGACCCUAAUGGGUGCUCCGAACCUGUGCGCAGAUAAAAAUGGUGUCUUCCCAGGUAGACCCCAUUCAGACGUCGCAAAAGACUCCAAUUUAACAGAAAAAAGAAUCACAUAUGAAGAGGAUGAGGAUGUUAUGUUUCACCACUUGGCAUACAGCCAGCUGCAAGACAGCCUUCUUCAGUUUUACCUCCCCGCAGGGGGGUAUUACAGCAAAAGCGGUUUACGUAAAAACGGAGCCACCCCUGCGAACGAAGGUCAGCGCCCCGGACGUUGUGACAUUGGUGCGGAAUGGGUCAAGGCAAACGGGGCUCUUUCUUCGAGGGGAAAACUAUCUGCACGUGGAGCGGAGAAAGAAACAAGAACAGAAAAGAUAGAAACAAAAGAAACAAAAAAGACAAAAAAGACAAAGAAAACAGAACAUAUAGCUUCUACUGCGAAACGACGAGGCAGUGACCACGUGGAUGAAAUCACAGAAAGGGUGAAAUCCAAACGGGAUGACGUCACACACCCAAUGUCGAAUCCCGAACGGCUCUUCCGCUUGUACAAUUACUCCUCUAGCGAAGACAGCCAUAUGUCCUUUUCGCAAUUUUUACCUGAACAGUUCAGAAAAAAAAAAGUAAAAAAAAACCAAUCCCCCAGGGCAACCUCCACACAGGGGAAGAGACGACAUAAGAUGGAACUACAAAACGACGCUGCUACCAUUUUUGAUGAAAUCAUACAACUAUGCAGAAGGAACGAAAUAUUCGCUUUUAAGAAGGUGAAGAAGAAGUACGCAAGGAGGUGUAACGGGACCCACUCAAAGGGAAAGCGAACCGUUUUUCCAGUACAGUUGUCUGACCAUGGUGGCAAAGAGGAUUAUUCAUUCGUCCAUUCCAAGCGGGUGUUGAAUCCUCCCACUGGGAGGAACCUUUCAGCCUGUCCAACCAUAAGUGGCUCCCACGAAGGCUUUAGAAAUACUCAUUUAAGAGCACACAUCCUUGGUAAGGGUGCUACACCUCAUGCCCCCCCCCGCUUGAAGAAGAAGAGAAGUUUCAGUGAAAGCUCUCCUAUUGUGGUGAGGAUCUCGGAAGAGCGCUCGAAUUCGAGGGCAAUCAAAGUGUGCAGGGUGGGUGCUCCGACUGCGACUGCUCCGACUUCGACUGCUCCGACUGCGACUGCUCCAACUGCGACUGCUCCAACUGCGACUGCUCCAACUGCGACUGCUCCUACCGGUCCCACCGCUCCCACUGCUCCCACUGCUGCUCAUCCUUCCCGUGAUAAACACCAUAGGGGUUAUGCCUCCUCCCUUGUUGCGUCAAACUGUGAAGAGAGCAGGACGGACUGGACUCGAUUCCCAAACCUGAUGAACGCAAAAAGGGGGAAAGAAAAAAAAAUGAUGAAAAUGCAAAUCUUGGAAGGGUUAAAUCAAAGGAAUUACGACCCUGGGCACCUUGAACGGAUGGUUAGUAGCAAAUGCUUCCCCCUAGCGAGAGCAAAAUUAAGACAUACAUUGGACAGAAGCGUAGAGGUUAAGCUAGUUGGACGGGACAACAAACCAAAGAAGAAGAAAAAAGAACCCAUUUGUACAUCUAGCUGGAGCAAAAUAUGGUCCUCUGCAAGGAGACUACACUUUUGCUCACUCUAUGUGCAGGAGCAUUACGAAAUGAUUGUCCAUAUGUACAGACAUGAAUAUCCCCUCCACGAUUUUUACUUCACUUACGUCUAUGUGAUGGCAUUAAUGAAAUUGAGAAGGUAUGCUCUCUGUUGGGAGUACCUCUUAAGAGUUAACCGCGUACUGGGGGCACAUCGAGCGACUAACCAAACUGGAGCGACUAACCAAACUGGAGCGACUAGCCAAACUGCAGGAGUUAUCGCAACUAGCGCAGCUGGCGCGGGGCUGGUUCACUUCCUCUGGGGCAAGCUAUACGAGAAGAUGCUACUGAGUAGGCUGAGCGCGGCGGAGUACUCGAAGGUAGUGCUUAACCACGUGAGGAGAUCUACCCCCAGUUUGUCCACACGGCUACACGCACAGGAAGUUCCAGGUGCAUCUCAGAGCGGCAUGGCGGACAUGCAGCCAUUCAUUCUUGUCUGUCUAGACAAACUCAUAGGGACGGGACAACUUAAGAGGAGGGAGGAAAGAACGACACUCAGGUUCGUCCAGAUGAAUUACAACUUAGGGAGAGUUCUUAACUUUUAUUUUUGCAACGUGGGUUCCAAUGGGGGUUUCGCGCACAACCCCAGUGACUACACAAAGACGCAGAAGGAGGGGACGUUCGGCUGUGCCCCCCACAGGAAUAGGCAUAAGAGCUGCAUGGGCCCGGUCAGGCUAUUGCGCCCGCCUCGCUUCUCCAGAGCGGAGCUUCUCCAGGGGGGGAAUCCCCAUGACCUCUUCUCCAGUGACCACAUCGGUGGUGAGCGCCUCUCGAAUGAUAGCUUCGUCAAUUCUGCUAACCAUCACGGCGUCCACUUCGCCAAUGCCGCUAGCCACAACGAUUGGAAAGCGACGACCCCCCCCUGGUCAAGUGAACACAACGCGCGGAUGCGAAACUCAGCUGUGGGGAAGCGGAAGGACAGGGGGUACUCCCAGCAGGCGCCUCCCUGGAGAGACCACCGUCCACUUCGGGGAGUCCUCCUCAGUAUCCCCCCCCAGCACAUGCACGCGCAAGGGAACACAAACGUAAAGAGGUUCCACCAUGGGGGAGGGGAAAACCAGAAGAUGACUUCUCACCAUGGAGUCAUUGUCCCCCGAAGAGGACUACUCCAAAUGUGUAGAAGCGUAAAGAGGAAGGUGCACCUAAAUAGUGGAGACAUCAUCAGGGGGGGUGGUACUAGUGAGAGUGACGAGGUGGUUGGGGGGAGAGAAGUGAGCCUUUUAGGGAGGUACACUGUGCAGCGUGACACUUUUACGGGUGAAGGCAAUGUAGAGGACCUGACUCGGAAGCAACUUCUGGCGGGGAAGCAAUUCCUGGCCCAUUUCGAUCUUCUGCUUCGAAGUGGACACGCCCUGCCUGAGCAGAGGGUACUCCCCUACUACGACGAUUUUUUCGUUUGUCUCUUUCGCGUGUAUUUUGGCUCUUCCUCCCAGUGGAUAAUAAACAAGGCUAUCAUUUGGGAAGGGAACAUACCAUCAAAUAAGGACGCAUUGAAGACAGCACGAUGGUUAGCGACGAGAUUGAAGCUUAUCGAUGUUUGUCCUGUGGAUGCAUUUUCACCAAAAGGGGAUAGACCAAUCUGUCACGAGGAAAGGCUCCCUCCAGUUGGAAAGCAAUCUCUAUAUUGUGUUGAUCAUCCGCUAUGGUCUGGAAAAUCCGUUCGAAUGGAAAAACUAACCCUACCAGAUCUUCUUCACAUCAUCCGGUUCUGUCACAGACAUUUCGAUUUUGUCAAUGCAUAUUGUUUAAGUGAGUAUACCUUGUGGAGAGAAAAUGCCCUGGGAGAAGAGGACGCCAUCGUUCUAUUCGUCGAGUCGGUCACAAAUAUGCACAGCGUUGUAUGUACAAGUCAGCAGAAAAUCGAGCGGCUUCUCCAGCUGUACAAUGCGCGGGUUAACCACACAGCCUUGAAGGCCAGACAGUACAGCCAAAUGGGGAAAGAAAGUUAUCGGUACAGGAAGGACCACCUGGAUUACUACCUACAUGGUGUUAUUGCGCUUUUGAAAGGAGACUACGGUGAAGCAUUUGUUUAUUUUAAAAAAUGUGUCACGGCAAAGAGGAAGUUCUUCCUGGCGUAUGUCUACAUGCUUCACAUACUUUGCUGCUCACCGAAGAGGAGUGCCUUUCACUCCACAGAAAAGAAAAACAUUUUUCAUCAUUGUCUACAGUUAAAACCGUUUAGCUUGUCCCCCUACUUAGUGUACUGUUCCAGUGUCGUGAGGAAGCUCCAGUUAGACUUAAAUGACGAAAGAGAGAAACGCGGGGCUGACAAAAAGAGGAAGAAAAAGUUGCUCAUAGAGUCAACAACUUUUUUGAGGGGCAUAUUUUCCAAAGCAAUGCACCUCGAUGAUAAAAACCCAUUUUUAUACAACGAGUUAUUUGUUUAUCAUUUUUUACGAAAAGAUUUUGUCCAAUGCAAAGUAGCGCUACGGAGAAUGUUACUCAUAGAAGACUUUUCUUCCCCAUGUUGUAGUUCCUUGCCUCUUUCUGUUGUCCUCUACAAUUCCAGUGUUUUUUAUUUUUUGUGUGAAAAUAACCUGAACAAGUCAGAAAAAAAAGUUAUUGAAAUUUUACACAAUAACCCGUUUGAUGUAAAAGCUUUGAACCUUUUAACGUUCCUUUUGUUUAUAAAGAGGAACCAAUACUGGACGCGCUUCUUCGAUUAUUCUAUGUAUGUGGAGAGGAGUCUCCUUUCGCGAAAUGUGGUGAGUCAACCGCAAUAUUUGUGCCACACUUUUUUCAGCCGCCUUCGGGAGACGCGAGACUUGGGGCUCCUCGCCCGGUACUACGGGACGCUGAAGGCCGUGCGCACGUCCUUCCCAUUCGUGCUCAAUUACAUCCACGCGAGUUACUAUGCGUAG